AUUUGAGAGAGAGCGACGUGCUUCCUGCGUUAUCGCCGUUGAUAUGAUGGAUGGCCAGAAGUUCUGCCUCAAAUGGGAUGGCUUCCAGAGCAGCGUGACGUCACUGUUUGACUGCUUGCGUCAUGAUGGCGAGCUGGUGGACAUCACGCUCUGCUGCGAGGGCCAGCGGGUGCGCGCGCACCGGAUGAUGCUGUCUGCCUGCAGCCCAUACUUCAGGGACCUGCUCAAGGACAACCCAUGUCAGCAGAUGGUGAUCUUCCUGAAGGACACGUCGGCCGCCGACCUGCGGGCCAUCAUCGAGUUCAUGUACAAGGGCAGCGUGAACGUGGCCCAGAGCCAGCUGGCCAGCUUCAUCAAGACGGCCGAGAUGCUGCAGAUCAGGGGUCUCAGCGGGGAUGAAGAGAAGCCACCGCCGCCGGCGCCGGCGCCCCUCGCCGUCGUCGCCGCCGCCCCGCGCGGCCUGCUGCGAGAGCCGGUGAACGCGCGCGAGGCGCGCGGCGAGCAGGAGCCGGACGUGAUCAAGGUGGAGAAGAUCGACCUGACGGACGAGGACGAGGAGGGCAGCCUGGACGCGGCGCUCGGCCGGCUGGCGGAGUAUGAGGGCGCCUACAGCGGCGAGACGGGCCCGGCGGCUGACAGCCACGACCUCACCGUCGGCAACGUGGGUCCGUUCCCGGGCCGGUUCGCCGGCCUGCCGCAGCUGCCAGGGCCCUCGCAGCGACCGGGAGAGGACGGCUCCACCCCAGCGCGUCCGGUCUCGGUGUGCCGCGAGUGUGGCCGCCAGUACUCCAACCGCCAGGCGCUCACGCACCACAUGAAGAUGCACGAGGGCCUCACCACCUGCCGUCUGUGCGGCAAGGUGCUCUGCAUUGUGGCUCACCUGCGGCGCCACCUGCAGACGGCGCACCAGCUGGCGCCUGAGGCGGUGCGCCAGCUGGUGCCCACGGCCAGCAAGGGUCGGCUUCCGGCGCACCAGCUGGCACCUGAGGCGGUGCGCCAGCUGGUGCCCACGGCCAGCAAGGGUCGGCUUCCGGCGGCCGGCUGGCAGCGACAGCCGGACGUGCUCCGGGCACAGCAAGAGGCGUGGCGCAGGCGCGUGGAGGCGGCCGGACAGCGGCAAGAGGAGCAGCAGCGCCGGUUGUAUGAGGCGCCGGGGCCCGGAUCGGCGCGCGGCGUGGCAGCGCCGGCAGAGGCGCAGGGCAGCGGCAGGCUGCGCCCGCUGGGGGAUGCGGGUGCGGUGGUGCCGACGGAGGCGCCAGAGGAGCAGCAGCGCCGGGCGGCCGUCACGGAGUGA